GAAGAAGCAGUUAUAUUUUUUUUAUAAUUGCGAAUUAUUGUUGGAGCGUGCGUGCAAUUUUGGGAAUCGGCAUUCAAUUAACUAUAUAUAUUGCUGGUGUUCUUGAAGCGCCAUAAAUUAGCCUGUACACUGAGGUAUUGUGCGCGACAACGUGUUGGUGCUAUUUUGGUGCUGGAUUUUCCUCUCAUUCAAUCUAUCGCCCAGCCGCCGACGCCGCAAGCUAUAAAGCUGUCUUAAAUGUUAAAUUCUAUGUGAAAAGAAGAUCAUUGUAGCGCAAUCAACACUAGCCGUUAUCUCGCAGUCAGAGUGCUAAAUACAUUGUUGCGCCUGCUGCACCCACUCCAACGACUUGAAAAUCAUCUAUAAAUGAUUGGAAAUACCCUCUGCUCUGUGCGUAGUAGAUAAUUACGCUAAUCGAGUUCAAAUAUAUUAUAAAAUUGAUGAAUAUAUACAUUUGAACUGAAAUCAAUUUUAAUAGCGAUAUAACUAACUGUAGACAGAUCUAACAAAGCGCGCGAAUUGUUGAAUAUAUAAUGAGCAGAGUGGCCCACAACAGCGUACAAUAAGCCAAAACACAAGAGAGAGCAGCUAAAGCAGGAGAGGAUCAGUGAAGAAAGCAAAAUGGCGCGUCACAUAAUGGCCGUGUGUGUGGUGUGUCUGCUGUGCGCCCAGCGGUUACACUGCCAGGAUCACAUCGCAGACCUGCUGGCCACGCAACGCACAGAGGUGAAGCUUAAUGCUCAAGUUUAUGGAAAUCUGAGUCCCUCCAGUGAAAGAACCACCGAUCAAAGGCAGUUGGCCGAUGAGGAUGAUACCCAAAAUUACAGCACAAGUCCGCCUUACAGGAGACAAAAGCGCCAUGCGGGUCACGACCAUGAGCAUGGCGCCUCUUCACAUACCCAUCUCCCACAGAUCACCCAGUACUACCUGGAGCAGCUUAUGCCGGAUCAUAUGCUCAAUGUCAGCAGAUUUCAGAGCAUGCUCCAACAGCUUGGACUGCAGCAACUUGUCAGCAGCAAUGGCAGCUGUGUGGCAGCUGAUCGGCUGGUGCAUCAUGUACAACCUCAUCAUCCUGGCCAUCACAGCGAACAUGCUGCUGAGCAGCCACUGCUGUUGACCAAUUGCACGCUGUUCCCCAAUACCUCCAGCACAAACAUUUCCUGCGCACCACUAGACAGCUCGUCAGAGAUACAGAAACAAGCAACUUAUGAACUCAGCGAUAAGGAUUUGCUACACCUCUGUCCUAUUCUGUUGCACGAGCUGACAACCGGCAGCGGUGGCUGCAUCGAACCAGCAACUCUCGACGAAAUUGACACCUACGAAUUACAGCAGAGGGAUGACAUCUUUUAUGUCUGGGUGUAUGCCUUCUUUUCGGUGUUUGCCUGUGGCCUCUUGGGCCUCGUGGGCGUGGCCAUUAUACCAUUUAUGGGAUCACGCUAUUACAAGCACAUUAUUCAGUAUCUGGUGUCGCUGGCUGUGGGAACAAUGACGGGAGAUGCACUGCUGCAUUUGUUGCCCCAUUCGCUGGCCGGACAGGAUGAGCAAGGAAUGAUCAUGAAGGGCUUGGGCUGUUUGGGCGGUAUCCUUUUCUUCUAUGUCACGGAGCACACACUGACUAUGAUUUCGGAGUGGCGCAAGAGUGUUGAGAAGAAGGAACCAAAGAAGCCAUCACGCGCCAAAGUCAUGCGUGAUCCAGAUUCCUCGGUGAACAACUCUGUGGCGGGUGACAGGAUGUGCAAGCAGAAGUACAGCUCGUAUCCAUAUUGUUAUGAUGAGAUCACAAUGAACAAUAAGCAGGAUGUUUGGAUGCAUUUGCCCGAUGAGACGCCUUCUGCUGUGGCUGCAACGGCAGCAGCAGCUGCUGGAGCUGGUGGCGAUGCAACUUCCGGAGAGUGCAGCAAUCGGCGCUGUGACAAGAUGGAACACGAAGGCUCAACUGAAGCUGCAGCACAAUCGUUGCUCUCCACUUCUCAUAAUAACUAUGCAGAAAUGAAUAAUCAUCACCACAACCAUAAUAAUCAUCAGCAACAGCAUCAGGAUAGCAACAAUACGGCGACCACAGAACUGGAUAGCAACCCAACAUCAGCCAAUGGAGGAAAGGAGAAGAAUGAUCAUGUCACAGUCAUUUUGAGGGAGCAUGAAUCUUCCCAUCACGGACACAGCCAUCGCCAUGGACACGUGCAUUCGCCUCCCGAAACGCUCAGCGCGGUUGCCUGGAUGAUUAUUAUGGGCGAUGGACUGCAUAACUUCACCGAUGGCAUGGCCAUUGGAGCUGCAUUCGCCGAGAACAUUGCCGGUGGUUUCUCCACAUCCCUGGCUGUCUUUUGUCACGAACUGCCGCACGAACUCGGUGACUUUGCCAUUCUUAUGAAGGCGGGCAUGUCGGUCAAAUCGGCUGUCUACUACAAUCUGUUAACGGGCGUGCUCAGUUUCAUCGGAAUGAUCUUUGGCAUUAUAUUUGGGCAGUCUCAGGAUGUUGCUCAAUGGAUGUUCGCUGUGGCGGCAGGUCUCUUUAUCUACAUUGCGCUGGUCGAUAUGAUGCCAGAGAUUUCUGCUGCUCACAAGUCGCUUACACAGUUCAUGUUGCAAAUAAUUGGAAUGUUCAGUGGCGUUAUUAUAAUGCUGCUUAUUGCCUUAUAUGAGGGACAAUUGAUGAACGCAUUUGGCUCAAAGCCGCCCAGUGCGGUACAUCAUCAGCACGUGCACUAAACGAGGAUCAACUGAUGAGAACGAGUCCAGCAGAGAAUCUUGUAGCGUAUUAUGUGUAUUUUUUCGAUAAUAGGUUUUUUAUCUUGUAUAAUUGUAGAAGUUAUGUUAAUUAAUUUACCUCAACCCGACUCACACACACACACACACACAAUCACACCCAACAUACAUACAAGUAACCAGACCGCAAGUCACGCAAUAAGAGUCGCAUUUGUUAAACAGUUUAUGAAACACACUUAUACACAUUUGUUAACUGCCACUGAAGCAAAUUGUCAGCAAAUUGAUAUUGUUCCUAAUUCUUUCAAACCCAAUUUGCUUUCGUUUUGGAAUCGGUUUGAUUCAUUUAAAUAUACACAGGUACAUACACCUACACAUACAUGUCUAAUGUAAGAAGCGUUCAAUGUGCAUAAGCUAUAAAGUGAUUAUGAAUUUAAAAACCAUAAAGAAGCAAGAGAUGCAUUUGCUUUAAAAACAUGAAAACAAUAACAACAACAGCAACAACAACAACUUCAACAAUUAAUGAAAACAAUAACAGAAUUGAAAGAAACCUUGCACUGAUGAAAAUGAUAGAGAUAAGUUAAAAAUGCAAACAUUUAUGGCAUAAGCCUUAUCGUAUAUACUAAAGAAAAACAAUCUUACAUUUACGAUUUGCAAUUUAAUAUUGUAGCGUGUAUAUAAACGACAAUUAUAUACAAAUAGUUUUUUGUAUUUCGUAGUCUGUAGGUUGCGCACGUUUAUUUCACGUCAGAUUAAGAAAUAACAUUCUAAAAAGUAUAAAACUAAUCAACAACAAAACCCAAAAAAAAAUAAUUCAAACCCUACUGCACGCUUUUGUAAAACACAUAAACACACUCAUAUAUUAUUUUGGCAGUACUUAACAUCAUGUUUGUACUACAAUUCAAAGAUUACGAAAUUUAAUGAAACUUAAUUUAUUAUUAUAUCGUAGUACGAUUAAUUAAGGCAUGCUCAUAUUACCUCCCUUUUUGCACCUACGUUUAAUUAUGAUUUUUUGUAAUAAACCAGGUUUAAAUAUAUAAUACACAUAGACUUAUGUUUUGCA